UACUGCUCCAAAAAUUUACAGCUCCUUCCUUCACCAUCACCAUCACCAUCACCAUAUUCUUAGUAUAUUUACUGAAACAAACCCCCCAUUUCCUUUCUCUCUCUCCCUGUCCUUGAAAACACAACAAAAACCUCACAUUCAUAUUCAAUCACCAGUUAAUAUAAACUCUAUCAAAGGGUUCUAGCUAGCUAAAGAAAAAGAAGAGAGGGUCUAUUCUAUUCUAUUUAGCUCUGUAAAACCCUUUUCCUAUCAGACUCAGAUGUUGCAUUUUUUUGUCUGCUAAGUAAUUCAAGAUGAGAGGAUCAAUGGGUAACCACUCACCAAAUCCUAAUGAGCACAGGCUAAGGUUAUCUGGAUCAUUUGAGGAUUCAAACAAUAAGAGAAGGUUCCUAAGAAGUAAAAGUUCUAAAGAAGUUGAGAAGCCAUAUCAGACAUAUACACAAGAAAAAAGUUCAAAAUGCAAAAUUUCUACACUGAAGCUUGUCCUAUUGAUUAUUAUAUGCGGUACUUUCCUAACACUUCUCCACUCUCCGACGGUGUCCCACAAUGAACAAGAUUCGAGACCAAGCUUUGUGGACAGAUGGUUAUGGGAGAGGCCAUCUGCAGAUGCACGCUACAUAUCAGAUUUAGACAUUAAUUGGGUUGACAUUUCAGAAUCUCUCUCUAAACUUACAGAGGGACAAGACAAGAUAGGUUUAUUGAACUUUAAUGAAAGUGAGAUUGGUCGUUGGAGAGAAGAGGUGCCAAAUUCUAAGCAUGUUGUUCUUCACUUAGAUUCUGCUGGAAAGGAUGUAACGUGGGAGUCCUUGUAUCCCGAAUGGAUUGAUGAGGAAGAAGAAUCUGAAGUUCCCGUUUGCCCAUCUCUGCCAAGACCCAAGAACUACAAAAAUUCUGAUAUUGAUCUUAUUGCUGUCAAGCUUCCAUGCCGUAAGUCGGCGCACAAUUGGUCAAGAGAUGUUGCCCGUUUGCAUUUGCAGCUUGCAGCUGCAAGGAUUUCCGCCUCUGCUAAAAAAGAUCGUCCUGUUCCUGUUCUCUUUGUGACCGAUUGCUUUCCACUGCCCAACCUUUUCACUUGCAAGGAGCUUGUAAAACGUGAAGGAAAUGCAUGGUUAUACAAGCCCAAUUUAGAUACCUUGAACCAAAAGCUUCAGCUCCCAGUUGGGUCUUGUGAGCUUUCACUGCCAGUGAAAGCAAAAGAGAGGGGAUACUCCGGAACUCCACAUCGUGAAGCAUAUGCUACAAUCCUCCAUUCGGCUCACGUAUAUGUCUGUGGUGCCAUUGCUGCUGCCCAGAGUAUCCGCAUGGUGGGUUCCACAAGGGAUUUUGUCAUACUUGUUGAUGACACUAUAAGCGAAUACCACAGGAGUGGUCUUGCGGCUGCUGGAUGGAAAAUCCGAACAAUCGAGAGGAUCAGGAAUCCUAAAGCUGAAGAAAAUGCCUACAAUGAGUGGAAUUACAGCAAGUUUCGAUUAUGGCAGUUAACAGAUUAUGAUAAGAUUAUAUUCAUUGACGCAGAUUUGCUCAUCCUUAGAAACAUCGAUUUCCUAUUUGGUAUGCCAGAGAUUACUGCAACUGGAAACAAUGCAACGCUUUUCAAUUCUGGUGUGAUGGUAAUAGAGCCGUCAAAUUGCACGUUCCAACUAUUAAUGGAUCACAUCAACGAGAUCGAGUCCUACAAUGGCGGAGACCAAGGUUAUUUGAACGAAAUCUUUACAUGGUGGCACCGAAUCCCGAAACACAUGAACUUCUUGAAGCACUUCUGGGAAGGUGAUGAGGAAGAGAAGAAAGUAAUAAAAACUACAUUAUUUGGAGCUGACCCACCUGUCCUUUAUGUUUUGCAUUAUCUUGGUCUAAAGCCUUGGCUAUGUUUCCGAGACUAUGACUGUAACUGGAAUGUCGACAUAUUACAAGAGUUUGCCAGUGAUGUUGCACAUAAAACAUGGUGGAAGGUUCACGAUGCCAUGCCAGAAAACUUGCAGAAAUUCUGUUUGCUUAGAUCAAAGCAAAAAGCUGGGUUAGAGUGGGAUCGCAGGCAAGCCGAGAAAGGAAAUUUCACUGAUAGACAUUGGAACAUAACGAUAACAGAUGAAAGACUAAAGACUUGUUUUGAAGAUUUCUGCUUUUGGGAAAGUAUGCUAUGGCACUGGGGAGAAACAAACUGGACAGAUGAUAAAUCACCAACUACUGUUCCCACUGCGCCUGCGAUUACUCAAACAGCUCUCCCUAGUUUGUAAGUAGUAGUUUUUCUUACUUAUCCUAAAUACCAAUUUUCUUUCUGAUUCUUUAUGUUGGAAAGUUCAAACAUGUCACCAGUUCAGCUCCAUUACUUCACAGUACACACGAUAUAUCAAAAUGGGUUCCAAUUCUUUUCAUCUGUUUUAUAAACCUAAACUGUACCCAUUUCAGUUGCUUUAGCUCCACACAAAGAUUUCUGUAAUUUUGGGUGUUAUAGAUGUCAUAAACUUUGAUCUCUUAGAGGCGGAUUCAUAUACAAACUUUGUAGCGCAACUUAUAAUUCUCUUAUAAGAGCCUGAGGCAUAUUUUUGCA